AGUGGGCUUCUCCGUGUGUCUCUGAAAGAGUUGAUAAAAAAGUGAAGAGAGAGGAAAGGAAAAUGGUGGUGAAGAUGAUGAAGUGGAGGCCAUGGCAGUCGAAGAAAUUGGAGGCGAGAAUCACGGUUCAUCAUCUGAAAAGCAGCUUGGUAGGCGAUGAUGAUGAGUCCAACUCCAGAUAUUCGGUUCAAAUCAAAUGGAAAGGCGCCAGAGGGAUCUCUUUGACUUCUCUGAGGAGGAAGAGUGUGAGAAGGAAUUUCACAAAGGAGAUGUUGUUGAACCAACAUGGAAUUGCUUCAUGGGAAGAGGAAUUCCGUUGCUUCUGCGCUUUCUCUGCUAACAAGGACGCUCUCUUGCAUCCAUGGGAGGUCUCCUUUACCCUUUUCAAUGGGUCCAACGGUGUAGCCUCUGCAUCAUUGAAUCUUGCAGAUUUUGAUAAACAAGGAAGAGACGUCGAUAUUCCUCUUGUCAUCAAUGCUUCUCUUCAUCUCUCAAUCCUUCUUGUUGAAGUGAGAAAUGUCCAAGAUCAAUCUGAACCAGCACCAAAACCCAUUCUCAUGUUUCCUCGAUCACCAUGCUAUGGAGAAAUGUUCUCCCCGGAGAAACAAGAUCUCUCUACUCUCAAGGCCAGCCCCAUCAGAGUCAACAUCUUCAAAGGUCUCUCCGCGCUCAGGCCAAAACGAGCCGGUCAAGAUGACGGCAGCAGUGACGGGAGGAGCUCCGAUAGGAGUGAGGGCGGCCUCUACCCACUCGACUCUGAUUCGGACGACCACGGAUCUGGUGAAGGGCUCUCCGAGGAGGAUUCUGGCGACAGGAAGUCCUUCAGUUAUGGGACUUUGGCUUAUGCCAACCAUGCCGGAGCAGCAUUGGCUCACUCAAACACGAGCAGCGGGGAGGAUGAGGACUGGCUCUACUACACCCAUCACACCAAGCCCACUUCACCACCCGAUCAUCCAAUGCAGGAGCAGAACUCAAAACGUCGGCUUCUGCCAUGGAGGAAGCGGAAGUUGAGCUUCAAGUCUCCUAAGAUGAAGGGGGAGCCGUUGCUGAAGAAGUUCUAUGGUGAGGAAGGCGGAGAUGAUAUUGAUUUCGAUCGAAGGCAGCUUAGCUCCUCUGAUGAGUCCACCUUAACGAAAGAUGGGGAGAACUCUGCCAUGUCCAUCUCUGCGUUUGGAGACGAUGGUUUCACCAUUGGCACCUGGGAAGACAGGGAUAUCACGAGCCGCGAUGGCCACAUGAAGUUGAAAACAAAAGUUUUCUUUGCCUCAAUCGACCAGAGGCAUGAGCGUGCAGCUGGUGAGAGUGCAUGCACAGCUCUGGUUGCUGUGAUCGCUGACUGGCUGCAAUCCAACGACAAUGAGAUGCCGAUCAAAUCCCAGCUUGACAGCCUCAUCCGUGAGGGAUCACUGGAGUGGAGAAACCUCUGUGACAACGAGACGUACAGGGAGCGCUUCCCAGACAAGCAUUUUGAUCUUGAGACAGUGUUGGAGGCGAAGGUCCGGCCACUUUCUGUUGUACCUGAGAAAUCAUUCGUUGGAUUUUUCCAUCCAGAAGGAUUGGAUGACAAAGGGUGUGAUGUCCUACAAGGUGCCAUGUCAUUUGACAACAUAUGGGAUGAAAUCUCUGCAUCUGCAUCAGAGAUGCCUCCCUUGGCUCACCCUCUAAUCUACAUCAUCAGCUGGAACGAUCACUUCUUCGUCUUGAAGGUCGAACAAGAUGCAUACUACAUCAUCGACACUUUGGGUGAGAGGCUCUAUGAAGGGUGCAACCAAGCCUACAUCUUGAAAUUUGACAGUAAUUCCGCAAUUCAUCAAAGGAAGAACGGCGAUAAACCAGAGGAAAACGACGAUAAGGAGGGCUCUACUGGGAAAGAAGCGGAUACCAAUAAUCUUGCUGAAGGAAAGAAUGCGGAAGAAUCAAGCGUAGUCUGCACGGGCAAAGAGUCGUGCAAAGAGUACAUCAAGAGCUUUCUAGCUGCAAUCCCCAUCAGGGAGUUACUAGUUGACCUGAAAAAGGGACUGCUGGCAUUGACGCCUCUACAUCAUCGCCUGCAAAUUGAGUUUCAUUACACCAAAUGCCUGCAUCCACAGAAUGAGCUUCUGGAAGCAGAAGUAGUAGGUGAUACUCAGGGAACCAUACCAUUGGAAGAAGCAUUAGAAGCUAAAAAUUUGUAGAGAUAAAAACCCCUUUUGAGUUAUGUCUAAUUUUCAUGUUUCUACA